CUCUGUCCACCUUCAGUUUUGAAAUGUACUGCAAAUUUGUAAGAUGAAACCACGCUUUGAUAUAGGAUUUUAGAUUAUUAUUUUUCAUCUCCCUGGACCUGUAAACUAAACCAGCCUUUUUACCAUAACAAAAGGCGGUCGCGUGGUGAUGGUAUUGUGUAACAGGAUAAAGAAUGCCUGGCGCUACCGGUCCUAUUGUUCUCCUGUGGCAGACGUCAUACCCAUGGAAUCCCACUCCACGAGGCCGACGCUGGGACUUCCCCUGCCCGAUCAAUACUUUUGUGCAUGCGCAUUAGCCACAUUCCUAACCUGAGAAGUAGGAAUGGGAGUCCAGAUCGCGUCCCAAAUCGACUCGGAGUUUAAAUAACCGGUCCAGAACUGCUAGGUGAGGAUGCACUGGCAACUGCUGUUGGUUUGCGCCACGUGGACCACACAGGUCUCUUUGGUGGGAGCCCAGGCGGACUGCCAUCCACUGUGCUUGUCCUGCUAUGGUCCAGGGUUGGACCAGUGCUUGCAGUGUAGCCAGUACAGUUAUAACAACACGUGCGUGCAGCAGUGCCCACCAUUAACCUUCAUUGUAAACACGGACAUACCUAUUGGUAAUGUCUCAUACAAUGAUACGUUUCCUACUGCUCAGACCAAAUCAUCUGAUACCAACAAUGCUACCAUUACUAGUAAUGAUACGCUGCAGAACACCACCGCGCCGACAGAGGUCACUCCUGCAGGUGUUACUCCCGGUAACAGAGGUACCUGCGAGGACUGCCACUCUGAGUGCCAGGAUGGUUGCUAUGGCAACACUUCUCGUGACUGUUACCGAUGUAAACACGUGAACUUCGACGGUACAUGUCUGUCCUGCUGCCCGGAGGGAAGCUAUCCUGAUCCCGAUGACUCUUCUUUCUGCGGGCGGUGCCAUGAGGAAUGUGAGAGGGGCUGUACAGGGCCGGGGCCCGCGAACUGUUACCGAUGUAAACACCUUGAGUACGGCGGCAGGUGCCUCCACACAUGUCCGGCUAAAACUUAUCAAGCGCCUGGCACCCCUUCUGUUUGUCGGCCUUGUCACAACACAUGUGAGGAUGGUUGUGUUGGACCGGGACCCGACGACUGUUCCCCCUUGCCUCAGAACAACAGAGGGGGUCAGCCAAUGAUGUUGCCGAUGGUCCUCACGCUAGGUGCUGUUGUGGCCUUACUACUUGUGGGCUGUUUGGUGGGGCUGGUUAAGAAGCGGCAGUCGAAAUCCCGAAAACCACCUUCGUCUCCUACGCGAAACCUUGCCUGCUAUGAAGCCGGUAGUGUCAGUACCAUCGCUAUCCCACUAGGCCCAGAAGAGACGUCUAUGAGCGACUUGUACCGAAACAUCUGCCUUGACAACGCCACAUUCACAAACGACAGCGACGACGAAGUGGACGUGUCCCCAAGCCUUGUGUUAGCCGGGGGUCGCUCAGACGACCACAGCUCUACCGUUUCAGACUGCCCCGACACCGUGAGUGAAGGAGCGGUCUCCAAUGAGUCCAGGUCGACCGACAGUACUGUCGUGCGCAUGCCGCUACCAUCCUCGGCACGGCAGACACGUGACGUACAGUCUAGUUUUGGAAAUGUCGCCUCGUCUACGUGGUCUCCGGACCAGAGCUCCUCACAACAGGCCCUAGACAAAAUGGCGGCGGGGUGUCGUUUCAGUUACCUGACGGACGACAGCGGGAUAGUGAGUGACGGCUCACGGUGUUCUACAAUGGACAACCAAAGUCGGUGGAGCGUCGCUACGAGUGGCACGGUUGGAUCCGGGGACUCCAGAGUGUGUCUGCAGGAUACGUCAGAUACGGCUAUAAACAGGAAACUGUCACAAGACGAUUGUGAGGAAGAUGCCCGUUGCACAUCUGAGUCCUUGCAAGGGGCUCCGUCAGAUAAAGAGAGUACUGGAGAUGAGACUAAAACUUUGGGUGGUCAGUCCGCCGAUAGAGAAGACAUCACCUUGACGCAACUGCUGUCCAAGUUCCGUGGCAUCGUGGGCGAUCCCGGGGCCGUUCAGCCAGAUGCAGUCAACUUCUCCACACCGAGAUUCGUCGCUGGAAUUUUCGACAAACGAGGCGGGCACCUGACGUUAGAAAAUCUUGGGAUGGACCUGUACAUACCCCCGGAUGCUGUCGAUCAGGACGGUACAGAGAUAUUCAUGUACGCCCGUGGAGCAGACGAGUCUGCAACGGAAGAGACAGACAAGAAGUGGACGCCUCCUGUCAUCCAAUGUGGUCCACAUGGGCUGAAGUUCAAAACACACGUGAUUUUGACCUUGAAACACCCCGCUGAGGACUUGAAAAAGUGGUCGUUCAAGUUCCAGGCCAGUAAUACUGAUGUUGGAGUGACCCCGGAUUGGAAGGACCUUACCAAAGACCCGUCUGCCCUGUGUUUUGCAUAUGGAGACAAAACAGUCAUCUUUGUGGACCAUUUCACCCUGUACAACGUGAGUGGGGAGCUUGUAGGUGCAGACGGUGAAGAUGGGGGAGAGAAACCCGAAUGGCGGCGAUUCAGAGUGGGAGUCUUCGCCGAGCCCUUGUUUCUAGACACCGAGAUCUUCCAACUCAGGGUCCGCUGUUGGCAGGACAACGAUAACGAACAGAAGCGGUCGCGAGAGAAGGAGAGGUAUCUGGGAGCGGUGCAGCUUGGUGACGACAAAGUGCUCCACCUAGCGGGAGACGGUGGAAAUCUGUCCGUGGUGCUAGAGCGCCUUCGUCCCGGAUGGUUGGCUCUGAACGGCGAUAGACAGACCAUCCCCUUCCCCAGCCUGUGGAACGAGCAUGCUGAGAUGCCGUCCUGUACGUUUGACAUCGAGAGACAGCCAUCAGGACUCGUUCCCAAGAUCGUGGCUUGCAGGGUGACGGCUCUGCAGGUCUCGUACCCAGACAACUCUGUCAGUCUCGACGUUCUCAAACAGCUGUGUCCCCGGGGCCGGCAGGGUAUUCAAUCUUCCCAGGCACCUGAACGUCCCUCGGUCGCGUCUCUUGACUCAGAGUCGACGUUCCUCCGCUUGCAGCCUGAGCUGCGCCCCACCCCGAGGUGCCUGCCACAGUUUCCCCGCGAGGACCAGUUCGGUCUGCUCUGUCUGGUGUUAGACGUGGAGGACCCGGCCGGGAGGGACUGGCGCAGCGUGGCGGAGACUCUGCAUCUGCCGUUUGAGUUUCUACAGUGGAUGAAGCAGCGAGGAGACCCCACCAGGCGGAUGCUGGACUUCCUGGUUGCACAACACGGGGGAGACUCAUUACGUGUGCUGAGGGAUGCACUUGCGGCGAUCGGGCACGAGAGGGCGCAGCAGAUGGUUGAAGCAAUGAUGGCAUCUUCUCACCACUGUCCUGAGGGCAACUAUAGUACGGAACAGCAAUGGUCGUCUGAUAGACAACCAUUUGCCGGGAUAUGGAACAAUGACGACAGGCGAACAUCCAGUAAUCGCAACACGACACCGAAAGUGCUUGGGGGUUCUGCUGUCUUUGCAUCAGGGCCUCAUAGGUCUGGUGAUUGCAGUGAAACUCAGGCAUUUUCAGUCGGCACAUCGUGCGGCAGCACAACGGUGGAGAAAGUGUCCGGAGACAGGUCACUGGGAGAUGGGCAAGAGACGGACGCCUCCAUGACCUCAACCACAAGCAUCACUCUCGAAAACGCUCCAGCCACGCAGGGCAACAAUCCAAGUUCUAUAACUGUGCCCAAGACAUUGAGAACCCAGGACAGUGGGUAUCACAGUGACGACAGGAGCCCAGGAGGUGAAACCAACUUAGCAUUUACGAUGGAGGACGAGACAGGAAGUAGUCGGAGACAGGAGGCAAAAGUAGUCAAGGCAACACAGGAGGCGGAAGAGGUCAACUCCAGUUCUGCACCGCCCACCGGUGAGUCAACCACAGAAUCAGAUGGAAUUAACCAAGACGCCGAGGAAAAUUCUGCUCCCCCUGAGAAAAGCACAGCCCCAUGGCCACUGCUGAUGAAUUUGAAGAACAAAGUGUCCAUCCGAUCCAAAAGUCUGCCCGAUCUUCUGUGGGGGCAGAGUAAGACUGAUGCGGCGAAGCAGGCCAACAAAAACAUCUCAUCUGAUCGUCUCUCGCAAACACUGUGA